AUGGCCAAACUUUGGGGAAAUUCGGAGUGGUGUCCGGCUACCGCCAGCCUAGGCACCGAGUACUUCCAAGUGGAUUUCUCGAGGCCUUUCCGAGUCUGCGCGGUUGAUACUCAAGGGCACCACACGCUGUCCACGUGGUUUGUGUCUAGCUUUAAUAUCACAUAUUCGCUGAAUGAAUCCACGUGGUUUACAGCACAGCAGAAUGAAACAAAUGGGAUAUUCUCUGGUAACUCUGAUGGAAAUACUGUGGUGAGAAAUAAACUGAGUGGUAACUGGAGUUUUGUUGCAAGAUUUCUGCGAUUGAUUCCUUUAACAUGGAAUGCUUGGCCAUGUUUGAGGAUGGAAGUUUAUGGAAGAGAGUUACCGGCCAUUGAUGUUAGAUUCCCUCGAAACAAAACCGUCCUGGAAGGAGAACAGUUUACUCUCAAAUGCCUUCCUUUGGGAAAUAAGAACAAUUUCAACGUCACUUGGAUGAAGAAAAGUGGAAACGAAAGAUCGUUUCCGGUUGCAGGGCAAAACCUCACCGUGAAUGCAACCAGACUUGACACAGGAGCAUACAGUUGUGAAGUAACUAAUGGAGUGGAAGCCAUUGUGUCGCCAAUAGCUUAUGUUACUGUGUGGUAUCCACCCUCAUUUAUUGAUUUAAAAAACCAAACCAAAGAAAUCGUUGAAGGCGUUAAAAUGAGUCUUCAGUGUAACGUUACGGCGGCUAAUCCAGAGCCGAACAUUACCUGGUAUAGUGCGACUGGGAAUGACACAGUUCUUUCUAAUGCAGUACAUUUGACAUUUUCCAAUAUUUCAAGAUCAAAUUCAGGGAAUUAUUUCUGUGUGGCUGAAAAUGGAAUUGGUCCAAAACUCACUUCUGGUAUGAUAACCCUGAACGUGCAAUAUUCACCAUCACUUGAUACAAAUUUCCCUCAUGAUGAAUCAGCAGUGGAAGGAGAAAAUGUAACAAUGAAUUGUGUUGUAAAAGAAAGUAAUCCUGAACCAAACAUCACGUGGGUAAAGCUGAGUGACCGUGCAAAGGUGUUUCCGAGCGGUGCCAGUCUGAGAUUGCGCAGUAUCUCAAAGGAUGAUGAGGGGGAAUACCGCUGCCUGGCAGAAAAUGGCAUCGGUGAACAGAUGAUGUCGCGUAUUGCUUACCUCUCAGUGGAGGGAGGGAAUGAAAAAGGAACAAGUGAAAAGGGCAGUAAUCUUGUUGACGACAGUUGUAAGCGUAAGUAA